CUUUCCCUCCUGUCUAUCCCACUGCCACUGCCUCAUCUCUUCGCAUCCUCCUCUUUUUAGAUCUCCUAAAUAACACAUCUAUCAAAAUGGCCGACUUCCAGAGCAUCGCACAGCAAUUUGUGCAAUUCUACUACCAGACCUUUGACGCGGACCGUCAGCAGCUGGCCGGUCUCUACCGCGAUAACUCUAUGCUCACCUUCGAGACUGCCUCCCAGAUGGGUGUUGCCCCCAUCAUGGAGAAGCUGACGAGUCUUCCUUUCCAGAAGGUCCAGCACCAGAUCUCCACUCUCGAUGCUCAGCCCUCUGUUAACGGCAGCAUCAUCGUCAUGGUUACCGGUGCCCUUAUCGUCGACGAGGAGCCCCGCCCCAUGAACUACACCCAGACCUUCACUCUCAACCCCGAGGCUGGCAGCUACUACGUCUUCAACGACAUCUUCCGUCUCAUCAUGGGUUAAAUUACGACGCAGGGAAUUGGCGGGGAUUUGAUGUGACGUGUGUGAUGGGUGAUUCAGGGGGCCCAUGGCUUGGCCUAUUCAGUAGGCAGCUUUUAUGAGAUGAAGAUAAUGAAUUAGUUAUAAGAGGAUCGACACGUGCUUUUGGUUGCUGUGUUUCAAUCUAUUCCCCUUCCUUCAUUGUGAACGUUUCUACUAUUCUCUUCCUGUUCACUGAUACACGCAUACUAUCUAUUUAUUUCUUUUCACCGUGGGAUAUAGAUGGCAUACUGUUCCAUGUUCGAGCCUAGAACUUAGUAAUGAGCAGUCAAUGACAUACAGCUGCGCCAGCAGCGAUUGAUACAUUGCAGCCAAGAAGUAUAGUCUAUCCAAGCAAGGUAUAUAGGUAGGAUAUACAUGGCAUCUUGAAUAGAACGGGACAAGAAGUACAGUUUUGCGCUUUUGCAUCUCCAAACCACUCGACCACAUACCAGACUUUCCAAAAGCCAUAAUCCAACCAUACCAAAGAAGAUCUCACUGAUCCCUCAACAACGGAGUCUCCUCCGACGGCAAGUCCUGAUCAUCCUCAGCCACCACCUCCUCUUCCCCGUCCCCUCCC